AUGACGUUUGCCUCGCGAAGGAUUUUCAGGAUGGCGUCUCAGUCACAGGGAAUUCAACAGCUCUUACAGGCAGAAAAAAAGGCCGAGACCAUGGUCUCUGAAGCUCGAAAACGUACGUAAAUUCACUUCAAUGUCUAAAUUUUUUAAGUGGUGAUUGUUAGUUAGUAUGAUUGAAAGGCUGCAAAAUUUGGGCGGUCUUCUGGUUCAGACUGAAACAUCUUUAACUUGUAUGUCUCGAUUUAUUUCUCGAUUCAAAGCCGUUUUGACUGGUUUUAAACAGAGGAAGUCCCGCAUUAAACUUGUACUGUUGUUUUGGGUAACUGCAGUAUACAAUGAAAUUUUAUUUGACGUUUAAAUAUGCUCAAUUCCUAUUUUCCUUCAAUUGGACACAGAGUCGUUAUCAAGAAGAAAUGCAUGGUUGUCUUCAUCAAAGUGUAAUGGUUUAUUGGUUUAUCGGGUUAUAAUUUAGUUUUGUGUGCACAUUUAGUCGUUUGCGGUUGUUAGUUUCAAGUUGCCACAUCUUAAUACAAGAUGGAAUACACCAGUACGAGUAGGGAGUGUUAUAAAAACUCAGAACUCAGUGCCACGAAAAAUUUAGACUUUCAGGUGUCAAGGGUGUGAGUUUUUCAGGGGUCUGAGUUUUCAAGACACCCAACAGUCUGGGUUUUUUACAGGGUCUGAGUUUUCAUAACAACAAGUAGGAUCUUUCAAAGUUUGUGUGCACCAUAAAAUUACUAAUCACUUCAAUCUUAUUCCUGAGGCAGGAGCCCAUAACAUGGAGCGUACCAUUCCCUUCUUAGUCUACCGUCAGAGUUUUCACAGAUCACCUUAUUUUUAGCAUCAAAAUAUUUUGUUACAAGGUUAUACAGGGUCUUUUCCAUGUAUUUUACUAUCACUGGGAUGAAGAAUGUUGUAUACUAUUAAAAACUAAAUAAUUUGGAUCAUGCAAUUCUAAAGCUCUGAUUGGCUUAGCCAUCAUGGUAUAUGAGCCAUUAUACCAUGCUCUCCAAAUAUGGUUACUGUAUGCAUCUGGUCAAAAUUAGAAAUAAGCUGAAAAUCGGUUGUUUUUACAGACAAAGUCGGGAAGAAUUCUCGAUAAUUAUUUUGGGGCCUUUUUUUGUUGUUGUUGGAUAUGAGAUGCUUAUAACCAAAAGGGCACUACACGCCUUGUUGGCUAUCUUUGAUCUCAUAUCUAAGUGGCACUCAUGGAAUAUUGUUAAUUAUUAAAAACUGAAUCAUUGGAUAAUGCAAUUGUAGCAUUUUGAUUGGCUUAGCCGUUAUGGUAUAUGAGCUAUUAUACCAUGCUCUCCAUAUAUGGUUGGUGUACGUGUCAGUUUAAAAGUGGAAGCUAGCUGAGAUUUUUUAUCGCGAAGGAUAGAACGGCGCCGGAAGCAAAUCGUUUUAAUUCAUUUCUGAGAAUACUAGAAAUGCAAUUUCAUCGAAAGAAAAAGGACAAAAACAAACAAAAAAGCCAAAAGAGCUUGUUUGAAAGUUUGUCGAAAAACACAUGAAACUAAAGUACCUUGACCAGCUAUGAAAGAAGACAAGUGUUGUUUCUUCAUGAUCGCGAAGCCAUUCGCCGAUCGAGUCACUCGCCGAUAGAUAACUGAAGCUUGUUUAUCCGACAUCAAGAAUAUAAAUCACAAGUAACCAGCUACAAAUACAGGCUAUGCAGCCAUUCACUAGAGCAAUCAAAGCGGCAGUAUAGCUUCUUUUCUCGUUCAGCAAAACCAGCUUGUGGCUUCAAACAACUUCAUAACAUUAGCGACCGAGGUAAUACCAGUAGUUUUUCUCUGUUGUUCUUACUUUUAUAACUGCACCGAAAAUCCAAAUUCACAGUAAUUUCGACGGCUGUCACUUAAAAAUUCUUUUCCUCCACAUUAUCUGCAAGGUUUUUUUAGCUGUUCUGCUGUGUAAAAUCCUAGAAUCCUGAUGAGUUUUUAAAAAACUAAUGUUCAUCGCUACAAUGUUUUGAUUUUUCAUUCAUGCAGUCCAGGCGAGUCCAUUCGCGCGUUGACAGUUUUGAUAGACGUGUGACAUGUGAAUAGCGGAAGUCCCUUGUCUUUUCCGGUUUGUUCUAGUUGAGGCGAUUCAACGAGAUUUUGUGGGCGUUUUUAAUAAAACAAUUAUUCCACUCGGGCUUGUUGGAUAUGAAAUGAUUAUAGCCAACACGGCGCUACGCGCCUCGUUGGCUAUCUAUCAUCUCGUAUCUAAGGCGCCCUCGUGGAAUAAUUGUUAAUUAUAUCAAGGACAUUACUAGCAUUUCAAGGUUUCACUGUAUGCACUUGUUCUCGAUUUUGUACGUGUAGUCAAAUCUAUAGCAUGUCCUAAUGAUGCAGUGCUACUAAAGGGUAUUUUAAAAUGAACUAAGAUGACAUGUCUGAAAUGAAUUUUAUGUAUAUUUUGUUUAGGGAAGACACAGAAACUGAAAAGGGCUAAAGAGGAAGCUCAAGCUGAAAUCAGGAAUUAUAGGGAAGAACGUGAAAAGCAGUUUGUAGAGUAUCAGAGAGAAGUAAGUCUUAUGCAUGGAGCUUACACGUACGCACAAAUUUAAGCAGUAACUAUGUCAGUGAUUAUGGCCGCAAAAAUGUUGCGAAAAAUAAUAUGGAUGUUCAUUAGCAAUGCCGUGUAGAUAUAUUUACAUGUAAGUUGGCACAUUAAUUUUUGGAAUGUUGCAUUAAUAAAAUUUAACUGCACAAUGGAGUAGAUUGUUAUUCUCAGCUUGUGCAAAACAUUGGCUCACAAGUAAAUUAAUUCAAGAUCAUGUGGUGAAUUUGUUGAUUAAAAAAGUCUUUUUUUUCUAUAUUUUUUGGAGUUUUGAAUCUGUCUCUGAGAAAUUUCAGCAGUCACUAUGUCAUUGAUUAUGGCACCAAAAAUGUUGCUUAAAAAUAAUUUGGAUGUUUAUUAGCAAUGCCUGUGUAGACAUAUUUUAGUUGCAUAUGAAUUUUUUUGAAAAUUGUGUUAGUUUGAUUGCGCAAUGGAACAAACUGCUACUCUCAGCUUGUAUGCUUUACGUGGAUGAUCAUCAGCUCAGGAUAAUUUGUGCAAAACAUUGGCUCACAGUUCAAGAUCAUCUGGUGAAUGUGAUAAUAUAACAGUUAACUUUUUAUAUAUUUUUUGGUGUUUUGAAUCUCUCUCUAAAUUAAUUUUAGCUUGCUCCUGGAUGAUACACUGACAUUGUGCAAACCACGUUGGAACAAUAGGCAAAUUUUGAUAUAAUUAUUAAAAUAUUAUUCUUUCCUGACUCUGAGGCUUAGAGAAGAAACAAAGAAAUCAUUUUAUUAUGAGGUCCAGGAUAUACGUAUUUGUUUGUCAAAUACUCAUUCUAUUCGAAAAUAAGCUUUACUCUAAACUCUCUUUCUUCCCACCCAGUGGCAUAAAAUGAAUGGGUAAUGCUAAUACCUUAAAGUCAUAGUUAAAAUCAGCCAUCUCCCCACCUCCAAACCCCACCCUAACCCUUGUAGUUACUAAUAUUCCCAUCUGUUUUAUACAGGGUUUUUAUUUUAUGCUGGCUUUAGGGUCAUCUAACUGUAUGUAUCUACAUUUACUGUGAAACUCGCAAAACUGUGAACACCAGAAAUAUUUAUGGAAUGUUAUUGUGUUGUGAGGAAAUAGCCAAUAAGGUGUGAUAAAACUUCACUGCAAAUAGCAAUGGUAAUUCCUGGAAUUUUUCAGGUGUUCCCAAUUUUGUGAGUUUGAAAGUAAUAGCUAUAUGUACAUGUAGCUGGCACUCAUGAUAAUAGCUUUUUUUUAUCCAUAGCACAUGGGCUCUAAAGAUGAUUUCCAGGCUAAAAUUGAGGAGCAAACAACUGUUCGACUUCAGCAAGUCAGUGACAGUGUGGACCAGAAUAAGAGCAAGGUGAUAGAAAGGCUUCUGAGUCUUGUGUACGACAUCAAACCUGAACUUCACGAGAAUCUAAGGACAUAG